CUACUCCACUGAGAUAGGUCUUCGGAAUGAAAGAGUGGAGUUAAAAUGGAUAGAUUCGAAUUCGUGCAAGAUAUAGGGUCUGGAAACUUCGGCAUAGCACGGCUAAUGCGUGAGAAGGAAACAGGGGAGCUUGUGGCUGUCAAAUUCAUCGAGCGUGGCGAGAAGAUUGAUGAGAAUGUUCAGCGGGAGAUCAUAAAUCACCGGUCACUGAGACAUCCCAACAUCAUUCGCUUCAAGGAGGUUAUGCUUACUCCUACACACUUGGCGAUUGCUAUGGAGUACGCGGCGGGCGGGGAGCUCUUUGAGCGCAUUUGCAAUGCGGGAAGAUUUAGCGAAGACGAGGCCAGGUUUUUCUUCCAGCAACUUAUAUCGGGUGUCAGUUACUGUCAUCAAAACGAAAUAUGCCAUCGAGAUCUCAAGCUGGAAAACACCUUACUCGAUGGGAGCCCCGCACCACGUCUUAAGAUCUGUGACUUCGGCUACUCGAAGUCAGCCGUGUUGCAUUCUCAACCAAAGUCGACCGUGGGAACCCCUGCAUACAUUGCUCCGGAGGUGUUGUCUCGAAAAGAAUACGAUGGCAAGAUUGCAGAUGUGUGGUCGUGUGGUGUAACCCUGUACGUGAUGCUUGUAGGAGCGUAUCCGUUUGAGGAUCCUGAGGAUCCUCGCAACUUCAGAAAGACAAUUGGUAGAAUUCUUAGCGUGCAGUAUUCAAUCCCAGAUUAUGUGCGGAUUUCCAGCGACUGCCGGCAUUUACUCUCUCGCAUCUUUGUUGCAAAUCCAUCCAAGAGAAUCACCAUCCCUGAGAUCAUGCGCCACCCAUGGUUUCUUAAGAACCUUCCAAUCGACUUGUUGCAAGGAGCGGACGCAAGCUACGAAUUCGACGACACCAAUCAGCAAAGCGUGGAGGACAUCAUGAGAAUCAUCGCGGAGGCAAAGACUGGAGGGAUUCCUGGGGACCUGCUGGAUGAUAUGGGAUUGGAAUUGGAGCUGGACAACGACAUUGACCCGGACGUGGAGAGCAGCGGCGAGUUCGUGUCUGGUGUGUACUGAGGAACUUGGCUGUUGGCCACGCUGGCGCUAUUAUUUUAGGGCAAAUAAAGGAGCAAGAAGAAGAGGGAGGGCAGCCA